AUGCCUGAAAACCCUGCUGCAGAUAAACAGCAGGUGCUGCAGAUCCUGGAUCGGCUGCAAGCGAAGCUGAGGGAGGGAAGGGACUCCCAGCACCAUGAAAACCUGGCUGCUCUGCGGAGCACCCUCAGGAGUCCUUUGUUCAACCAGAUACUGACCCUCCAGCAAUCCAUCAAGCAACUGAAGGAACAACUCAGUUAUAUGCCUCCUGACCGUUCAGUAGAUUUUGACUUUACCAAGAGAGGGCUACUAGUGUUUGCUGACAAAUCAGUUGCUGCUGGGAGCGUGUAUACACCUUGCAGUUCACCUGAACUCAAAACAUCUACCUUCCCUCCAAACCUGGGAGUGAAUGAAUUUAAUACAAUCAUCCAACAGAUGGCAAAGGGGAGACAAAUAGAAUCAAUAAAGAUUGAAAAGCCUUCUGUUGGAGGUCUUGGAUUUAGUGUGGUUGCCCUUAAAAAUCACAGCUUGGGAGAAGUUGGUAUCUUUGUCAAGGAAGUCCAGCCAGGAAGCAUAGCUGACAGGGAUCAAAGACUGAAGGAAAAUGACCACAUACUGGCCAUUAAUUGCACCCCAUUGGAUCGGAGCAUUUCCCAUCAGCACGCCAUUGCCCUCCUCCAGCAAGCCACAGGAUCUCUACAUCUGGUUGUUGCUAGGGAGCCAGUUCAAGGAAACAGCAGAACUUCAGCUGUCUCAUUAAGUGAUAUAAAUCCACCUGAGACUCUUCACUGGGGCCACGUUGAAGAUGUUGAGCUGAUUAACGACGGCUCGGGAUUAGGCUUUGGAAUUGUAGGAGGGAAGUCGAGUGGCGUAGUUGUAAGAACAAUUGUUCCUGGGGGAUUAGCAGAUCGGGAUGGGAGGCUGCGCACAGGAGAUCACAUCUUAGAGAUUGGAGGAACCAACGUGCAAGGGAUGACCAGUGAACAAGUUGCACAAGUUCUGAGAAACUGUGGGAAUUCUGUGAGGAUGGUGGUUGCGAGGGACCCGAAGUGUGAAAUUAUGGAGACUCCACCAGCCCCUGUGAGCUGGCCAGUCAGUACAUUACCCUCCUUUCAAAAUGGAAAUGACAAUACCAACCUUUUUGAGACCUAUGAUGUUGAACUUAUAAAAAAGAAUGGGCAAAGCCUGGGGAUAACAAUUGUUGGAUAUGCUGGCACAAGUGACAUAGCUGAACCUUCAGGGAUUUUCGUGAAAAAUAUAAUACCUGGGAGUGCUGCUGACCACAAUGGCCAAAUUCAUGUUCAUGACAAAAUUGUUGCUGUGGAUGGAGUUAAUAUACAGGAUUAUACCAACCAAGAAGUGGUAGAGGCUUUACGUAAUACAGGACAGACUGUACGCCUUACUUUACUUAGAAGGAAACCUUCUUUUGCUAUUUCUCAAGAAAGACCUUCAGAUAGAGUGCAGCCAACUGUUCCAACCUUUGUGUCCCCUGGAGCUGUAGGGCCUGAAACUAGUGUGGACACAAAGAAAGAGGAAAACCAAGAACAGAAGGCUAAUCUUCCAAAUGACAAGAAGGAGGGUCUGUAUAAAACGGGAAGAGUCUCACUCCCUCCAGCACAUGAGCUGAAAUCCAAGUGGGAAAACCUGUUGGGACCUAAAUACAAAGUUAUGGUUGUAAAUGUGGAUAUGCCCAUUACUGAUGACUUGGAGCUCCAGAAGUACUCAAAGCUAUUACCCAUCCACACGCUGAGAUUAGGAGUUGAGCUUGACACGUUUGAUGGACAUCAUUAUAUAUCAUCCAUUGCUUCAGAUGGUCCAGCUGCAACACUUGGUCUUCUGCAAUUGGAGGAUGAACUUCUGGAGGUCAAUGGGGUUGAGCUGUGCGGGAGGUCACGCCGUGAGGCAAUCACUUUUCUAAAAGAGGUGCCACCCCCCUUUACCCUGGUUUGCUGUCGGCAGCUCUUUGAUGAUGGCAAUGAGUCCCUUGUGGAUGAACCCACCACGGGAGCUUCCCCUCCAGAGCAAAAGGUAAAACCAGAGGAAGACAUUAAUCCUGAGGAGGAAGAAGGGGAAUUAGCAUUAUGGUCUCCUGAGGUGAAGGUUAUUGAACUGGAGAAAGACAGAAAUGGUUUAGGAUUCAGCAUUUUAGACUAUCAGGAUCCCUUAGAUCCAACGAGAACAGCCAUUGUGAUCAGCUCUCUGGUGGCAGGUGGAGUGGCUGAACGUGGGGGUGAGCUUUUACCAGGGGACCGCUUGGUGUUUGUGAAUCAGAAAUCUCUGGACAGUGCCACUUUGGCAGAGGCAGUGGAAGUGCUGAAAUCUGUGCCCCCUGGUACAGUUUCUCUUGGAAUCUGCAAGCCUUUGGUGGGAGGAGUCAAAGAAGAAGAGAACAUGCCCAGUGUGAAUUCCAGCAACGUUAAAACCAGCCCUGGAUCUCCAGAACCAAUAGAUAAUUUCUCAAUAGUACUUGAAGCACCACAGGGUUUCAGAGAUGAAACACCUUUUAAAGAAGAACUUGUUGAUGAACCUGUUUUGAACUUGGGAAGGUCAUUUCAGCUUUCUCAAAAUGACAGUGAGCAUGAGAAGGAGUCCUGGGAGAUGCAUGAAUUUCUGAAAGCCAGCACAGGAGAAAUGGGUGAGGAGCGGGAAAUGCUGGUGGAUGAAGAGUAUGAAGAAGACUCAGCCUUCCUGAAAUAUAAUGCAUCAUGUGGACAGAAGGCAGUUUCAGAGAGGAACCUUGACACAGAACAAUGGGCAAAGCAAGCUGAGACUACUGAAACACAAGACUUAAGAUCCAGUGUUGGUUUCAGUCCCAGCCAGUCCCUGGAAUAUCCACUCCAUGAAGAUGAGAUGUGUGAAGAAAAUGCUAGUGUAAGUUCACUGUUUUCUGGAACCACAGCACAGAGUGGCUACCAAAAAGACACAUUUGAUACCAAAACUACCCAGUCAGAAGCGAAAAACAAGAUGGAUCUAGAUACAAAGCUUCAGAUUGACUCUAAAGGACCUGGGCUUGCUCUUGACCUGGAAGCUAUUGAAAAGGAAGAACUAAAAAGGGAGGAUUAUGUUUUUUCCAAGAACCCAGAAUCUGGGAGUGUAACCACCUUAGCUCAGCCUAGAACAGCGAUGUGCAGUGAAUUACCUGAGAGAGAAGAAGGAGAAGGAGAAGAAACUCCAAACUUCAGCCACUGGGGACCACCACGGACUGUUGAGAUCUUUAGAGACCCUCAUGUGUCUCUUGGAAUCAGUAUUGUUGGUGGACAAACUGUCAUAAAGCGUCUGAAGAAUGGGGAAGAACUCAAAGGGAUCUUCAUCAAACAAGUUUUGGAAGAUAGCCCAGCAGGAAGAACAAGAGCUUUAAAAACUGGAGAUAAAAUACUUGAGGUUUCUGGGGUAGACCUACAAAAUGCCACACACGAGGAAGCAGUAGAAGCGAUCAAGAACGCGGGAAAUCCUGUCGUCUUCGUAGUUCAGGGUUUGUCUAACGUGCCAAAAGUGGUUUCUGCUGUACAGCCUAAGGGAGUUAAAGUCAGCAAAGAUCAGGAUGCAGACAAAGAAAAUAAGAGUGAAAAGAGAAAACAUGGGGCUCCACCUCCAAUGAAAUUGCCACCUCCUUACAGAGCACUUGAAAGGCUGCGUGCAGAGGAAGUGAACGUGGAUGAAGAGGAGGAUGAUGCUUGUGCAGAGG